AUGGCUGCCCUCAAGGCUCCCUCCGACCCCGGCCCAGCUUCGGUAUCCUUUCAACCUGCCGAGCUCAAGUCCACCUCCUCGACGGCUCCGGAAUCGACAGCUUUUGCCCUCGGCGCCGGUUCGGCCAACUCGGCCAGCCUUGUUGCCAUGGCGGCCAGUAUGGCGAUGGUCAUGAUGACCGGUCGUCAACGCUCCCAAGAUGGGUUGAUGCCGGGCCAAUCAGACGCAGCGGCCGGACUCUUGUCCCUGCCGCCUCCGAGCGGACUUCCGGGACGAGAUGUUGUCGAGGGGAGACUCUUGCACUCGUCAGCCUCCGACGUCCGAGUCUCGCCGAGCCAGCAACCGCCGUCAGACUCGGCCAGUCUGGCUGCACGCGCUGUUGUGAGUCGGCCAGAAGUGCCAAUCCGCCCAGUGGCCGACACUCACGGACUCGGGACCGAGUCCAGCCACACUCAAUUGAGCACCUCGAGAGAGGCGGUGGUGCCAAGACCGACCGGCGUCGAGGCGACCAGCAUCCUCAGCAUCGAGCGCCUUCUCUCGGCCGCUCGAUUCACGCCCGACCGCAACUCGGCCACUCCCGCCUCUGCGUCUACAUGCUCUUCGCAACCAUCGCCACGACCCGCCUCCACCGCCUCCUCGACAGACUCGGUCUCCACUUCGGUCGACCAGCGCUCGAGCGACCGGCGUCGUCCGGACGUCACCGCGGCGGACUCGAACCCGCCCGACGACAGACGCUCCCUGCCUGUGGCCGCCCACCACCUCGGUCCCGUCGUCUCCGCUUUCACCGCCACCGAACUGGCUCGAUUCAUUCUGGCCCAACACGAGGCCACCGGCUCAUCCGUUGCAUCAUCGCCGUCGCCGUCGCCGUCACCCUCGUCGCCGUCGUCGCCAUCACCGCCGUCGUCGCCGUCGUCGCCGUCGCCGUCGCCGUCGUCUUUCUUGUCGCCAGGCGUGUCCACUCGACCCGUCGUGCCGGCGUCACUGCGACCAACGCAAAGGGCCACGGCAACUUGUCGAGAUGGUGGUCGACGUCUGCCACGUGACAAGCAGACAAAGCAGAAGCGACCCGGCCCUCGAGAGGAUUUGGCCGACGACCGUGUCGCCAUCGCCUCGGAGGCUGGAGCGUCUCCACCCGCGGCCAAGCGUGCCACGCCAGCGUCGCCGGAUUCCGCCGACGCGAUUGGCUGGCGGCAAAGCGAGGCCAGGCCGCAGAUGAUGAACGGCUUCGCCAAACGCCCACGCUCGCCGUGCACCCUCUGGCCUUCGCAACCCGGUCGACACCAACAAGCACAGACCUGCUCCACCGUCUCCAAGCCGACGGCCGGCUGGCCCCCCCACAGAGGCGCCCUGAGUCCUGAACCGUCUGCCGUCGUCGCCAACGUCAACGUCAACGCCAACGCCGACGUCGACGUCGCGUUCGAAGCUUCGCCAAACGGGCCUCGCGGCAAGGCCGGCCUCGAGCAGAAGCGACCGGGCGCAGUCUUGACCGCCCCAUUCGGUAGGCCCGAGGCCGUGUUGCCAAGUGAGUCGGGUGCAAACGGGACUCGAGGGCUGGUCGGGGGCGCCGAGACGCUCGUCAACAGACUGGCCUUGGCUGCCGCGUUGACUCCGUGCAAGAGCACAGAGUCGCAUGCUCCGACCUCGGACAUGCUGGCGCCCAGUUUGACCUCGGGCGGGCCACAACAGGGUUGGAUGAAACUGUGGCAACAGAACCCCAGUUUCGCUGCGGCCGCUGCGGCCGCCGCCGCGGCUGCCACGAUUGCAGGAGCCAACUUUCUGGCCAACACUCGAGUGACGCCGUAG